AUGGUCAACAUUAAUGUAGCGCACAUUAAAUGUAAAGUCAAUUGCACCAAACCUCUUCCAAGGAGUGCAGAAAUUGAAAGAGAUAAUGGUGAAAUAGUUACUGUGGACAUUGACUACCCAUGGACCCCUCCUAUUUGUCCCUGCUGCAAUGAAGUGGGUCAUCUGGAGACUCACUGCCCCUCUGCUAAAUGGAAACCUUCUAAGAAUGUGCCUGCUAAGGAUAAACCUUCAAAGGCCGCUCCCUCGCCUGCUGUUCCGGUUCCAGCUGCUCCGUCUCCACCAACUGACUGCAGCCUGGUUACACCAGUUCUCCCUCCCGGCCCAUCUCAGACAGACUCAAUGGCUUGGGAACCCUCGGUUACUACUUCUGAGGCUCAGGCUCUCCCUACUGCCUCUCAGGAGGUUUCCCCCAAUGUAGUAGACCUUUCUACUGAUUCUGGUCCCUCAGUUCUCCCCGGCGGCCCCUCUCCUUCUUUACCUCCCAUUAUCCCUCACCACCCUUUCCUCCCUACGCCGGUCUCUGUCGAUGGAAUUUUAUUAACUCCGCCGUCGUCACCUCCCUCACCCCCGGCCGCUGUGUUUUCCCAGGCCUCUUCUGAAAAUUCUUAUUCACCUCCCAGCAAAAUAACCCAUCUUCUUGCCCUCCCCGCUGUCCAUCAUUCCCGCCCCAUCAACACAAAAUUUUUUAAAAAACCACCCUCCCCUUCUCAUUCCCUCCCACCCUCUAAAUCCAUCUUGUCUCUUAACCCGUUUGCCUGCCUUGCGCUCCAAUCCUCUACCCCAUCUACCGUCACUGAAUCAGCCCCUUCUCUUGAUCCUCCGCCCCUUUCACCUCCUUCCUUCACCUCCAUUACCCCCGCAGUGGGUUCUUUCCUAUCAGAAGGAGAGACCCACAACCUAUAA